GGGACAGGAGGAAGAUGGCGGCGGCCCCGCUGUACUGUGUCUGCCGGCAGCCCUACGAUGUGAGCCGGUUUAUGAUUGAAUGCGACAUUUGCAAGGACUGGUUUCACGGCAGCUGUGUCCAAGUUGAGGAGCACCAUGCUGUGGACAUCGAUGUCUACCACUGUCCCAACUGCGAUGUCAUACACGGACCCUCCCUGAUGAAGAAGCGCAAUAACUGGCACAGGCACGACUACACUGAGCCGGACGACGGCACCAAGCCAGUGCAGGCCGGCACCUCCGUGUUCGUGAAGGAGCUGCGUGCCCGGACCUUCCCCAGCAGUGCUGAUGAUAUCCUGGUGCGGAUGCAGGGGAGCCAGGUGACCCAGAAGUACCUGGAGAAGCAGGGCUUCCAGUACCCCAUCGCAGUGGCCAAACUGGAUGGGCUGGGCCUUCAGCUGCCGCCCCCCUCCUUCUCUGUCAAGGACGUGGAGCAGUAUGUCGGGAGCGAUAAAAUCAUCGACGUCAUCGACGUGGCCCGGCAGGCAGACAGCAAGAUGAAGCUGGGCGAGUUCGUCAAGUAUUUCUACAGCCCCAGUCGGCCAAAGGUUCUGAACGUCAUCAGCCUGGAGUUCUCCGACACCAAGAUGGCAGAGCUGGUGGUGGUGCCGGACAUCGCCCAGAAGAUGUCAUGGGUGGAGAACUACUGGCCUGACGACUCCUUCUUCCCCAAGCCCUUCGUGCAGAAGUACUGCCUCAUGGGGGUGAAGGACAGCUACACGGACUUCCACAUAGACUUCGGGGGCACCUCUGUGUGGUACCAUGUGCUCUGGGGCGAAAAGAUUUUUUACUUGAUAAAGCCGACGCCGGCGAACCUUGCACUAUACGAGGCGUGGAGCUCGUCCCCCAACCAGAGCGAAGUGUUCUUCGGGGAGAAGGUGGACAAGUGCUACAAGUGCGUGGUGCGGCAGGGAACCACACUUCUCAUCCCCACAGGCUGGAUCCAUGCUGUCCUCACCUCUCAGGAUUGCAUGGCAUUUGGAGGCAACUUCCUUCACAACCUUAACAUAGCCAUGCAGCUCAGGUGUUACGAGAUGGAGCGAAGGCUGAAGACUCCUGACCUCUUCAAAUUCCCCUACUUCGAGGCCAUCUGCUGGUAUGUGGCCAAGAAUCUGCUGGAGACUCUGAAAGAAUUACGAGAAGAUAACUGCCAGCCGCCGGCCUACCUGGUAGAGGGAGUGAAAGCUUUAACUACUGCACUGAGGAACUGGCUGAAAAGAGAGGUUACUGAACCAGCCAGCGAGGUCCCCGAUCAUAUCAGGCCCAACCAUCUGAUAAAGGAGCUCACAAAGGAAAUCCGCUACCAGGAGGAGGAGCAGGGCGGUGCCGGCGGCAGCAAGCCGAUGAAAUCUCAGGGAAGCGGUAUGUGCCCCGUGACGCGGUCCACGCUGGAGCGGGGCACGCAGGCACGGCGGACGGCCAGGCGGCUGCGCGACCACCACGCCGCCAAGACGCCCUCCAACCUGGACAUCCUGGAGCUGCACACGCGUGAGGUGCUGAGGAGGCUGGAGGUGGCCCCCUUCGAGGAGGAUACCGCCUUCAGCUCCAGGGUGAAUGGGAAGUUCAACAAGGUCUCCACGGCGUCGGCGGCGGCGGUGGAGAGGAGUUUGGACAACGACCUGCGUCUGGUGCUGUGCAACGGCAGGAUUAUCAGAGACCAGAGGCAGCGCGCCACGGAGAAGAGUAUGGGGACAGCGGGCAGUGACGGGCCAGUGGGCCCCCAGAAGGACACAGGCAGGAUGAAAGUGGAGCGGGAUGAAUCGGGCCAGGGACAGCGCAGCACCAAGGAGAGGGACGAGAAACCCAGGCGCAUCAAGAUGUUUUUGGAAAGCGUGAAAUCUGAACUCAGGAACGGAGGAUCAUCAGGGCACUCUGAGGAGUCCGACUCGGGCUCUGAAGACAGUUGCACUACACAGCAGAAAGACUCUUCAGAGGACGAUUCAGGGAGCUCGGAGGAAGAGGAGGAGGAGAAGGAGGCGGUAUCCUCACGGAGAGAGGCCGGGAGAGGCUCAGGGCGCGUGAUGGAUCUGUACCCGGCCAAUCAGAGACACCGACACCGGAGCAAACCACUGAAAAGAGAACGUCCUACCUCGCCGAGCACAGAAGAAGCUAUUCAGGGCAUGCUGUCCAUGGCAGGCCUGCUGUGCCCACAGCAGCCAGACGAGGGCGCCACGUCUCAGGAGCCCUGGUGGUCCAGCCCAGCCCACCCCUCUCCGAACUGCGGUGGGGGAGAGGAGAGCCAGGGGGAUUCAGACAGUAACUCUGCACUCAGCCAUCAGGGUGCACUGAGGCCGCAGAGCGACCUCCGGACGGAGUGCCGGCCGGGGCUCCACCAGAGGAUCCAGGAGAGCAAAAAAUUCAUGGACAGCCAGAGCAGCGGCAGCAGCAGCAGCAGCAGCGAGGCAUGGGCCAAUCACAGGCUCUCUCCAGACCCCCCCAGCCCCCUGCGCCGGGACGCCAGCCCUGGGAUGGAGUACCAGUACAGCGAGACGUCCCUGUCGCCCCCUCUGCACCCUUCCAAGAGGCUCGCCUCCAACCCCCCUCCCAUCAGCAACCAGGCCACAAAAGGCAAACGUCCCAAGAAAGGCAUGGCCACUGCCAAACAGAGACUGGGGAAGAUCCUCAAACUGAACCGGCACAGUCGUUUCUUUGUGUAGCACCCCCCUCCCCCGAAAAGAGACUUUGGAAGUGAAGACACUGGUGUUUCCUCUGUGCUGCGGAGAGAGCCCCCACCCCCUCAUGUUGAUAUAUUGGUCUUGCUGUUGAAGAGACGCGUGUGCUGUAGGAAUCACUGCCUAGACACACGUUGAACACUAGCUCACACUCACUGUGUUUACGUGACAGGGUAAUUGAAUUUACACUAGCAGGCGCACAGCUUCACCACACACACACACACGCACACACACACACACACACAAGCAUGCACGCACACACUCACACACAGGCAUGGAAACACCAACAGAGGCAGAGUGUGGGUCCUCAUUUGUGGAAAUUUAUGGAAAGUUUGGAUCGCGGCAACAGAACCGUAGAAGAAGCUCCUGAACCUGGAUCAGCAUGUCAACACCAGCUGAUCCUCUCAUGUCAAACCUGGAAUACUUCCAACACCAUGGGACCGAAUUGAGCCUAACUUUUUUUGCGUUGAUGCCACAACAUUUGCAUCUUGGCCACAGGCCGCUUGUUUUGACUAAAUGCUUCUUCCCUGCUUCUGAUGGCUUAGAAACACCACUCUGUAAAUUCCUGCACCACCAAGCGAACGUGUUGUGCUAAAGCCAAGAAGGCCCUGCCGCGGCGGCUUACUGCUGCCUGAGUGGGGUCUGGCCCUCUGGCCGUGUGUGUGAGGGACUGUCCGUCUCGACUGGGGACUUCUCUCUGUCGCUAGAACAAAGAAGGGUGCUAAGGUGAUGAACUGAUAAUUUAAAAAAAUGGUGCUCAAGUUUGUAAUAUCCCUGCUGUUCCCCCCCUUUCCCCUCAUCACAUUCACACCAGCAAUAAUGCAGAACGGAGAGGAGAGAUUGAUCCACGCAGUGCUCUCCCGCAGAUCCAGUCUUCCCUGCUUCUACAGACGCAACCAAAACCAGAGUUGACAUCAGGAUGUCUGAUCAACUGGUCAGUAUUCAGCUGAGCUUGUCGCCUUCAGGGCGUGACCGCAGUACCUCAUGACACACGCUCUCUCUCCGACUGUCUCCUGCUUUCGUCCACACGUUCCUCAUCGUAAUUCUUCUGCCGUUUUCUGGGGGACCCCUGUUUUAAACCCCCCCGUCGGCUGUUCUUCAUGAGAAAAAGCCAUAUACAGUUGUGUUGCUAAGCCAUAUCCCUUUGGCACUACUUUAAAAUGAAUUGUUCUCGUUCUUCAUAAGUCAGUCAUGAGAUUUCUACUUUUGCAUCAAUCAUACAUAGCAUUUUACUGAGUGACCCCAAAAUACAAAAUCAUGCUAGGAAAGUCAUGUGGGAAAGGCUUUUGCCUUGUAACAAGGCAAACAUGACCGUGUAUAAUAAAAUUGGCUCCUUUGGCGCCACCUAUCUGUCAGACAG